UAAAAUAUAUUUUUUAUACUAGUUUUUAUAUAAACACUUUAUUAUUGUCAUCAGCAUAAUAGGUACUAUUGUAUGUUGUAAUGUUUGCAUCAAAUGCAUCAUCAGAAGUUAAGGAGGGACGUACUCCUCGAUAUGGAGGAGGACCACAUGGGUUGGGAGAUCCUGAUAAUUUUAAAUUGAGAAAGAUUGAACAAAAUGUAGUAAUACCAAAAAUUGUACGGGAAAGAGCAAAGUAUGAAAAAUGUUCUGAAGAAAAUAAAGUCUUUGGAGAUUGUUGCUUGGAUACCGGUUUUUGGAUGUUCUAUAAAUGCAGAACAGAAGUAAAAAGAUUAAAUGAUUGCAUGGCCAAGUGGUUUGUUAAUGAAGAUUUUAUCAAAGAAUGUCGAGAUCAAUAUUUACAAGAACGAAGACAAUACAGACUAACAGGAAUAAAGAAAAUUCCAGAAGUACAGAAAAUGAAAAGUUGAAGGAAUAAAAAAAUUCAUAGAUAAAAAAGAACUGACCUAAAUAGUCAUUUAAUCUGUAUAAUUUUGUUAUUAGUCAUACAAUAUACUAAUUGUUUGUGUACGGUUUACUCGUAUUAACAACA